CUAGGCGGAAGCGGUGCGCAUGCGCUCUGGGAAGAUGGCACCUGCCGGCGGCUGCGGGGCGGUGAGAUGGCUGUGGGUGCCGCUGGCUGUGCUGGCCAUGGUCCGCGCUGCACCCGCCUUGUCCCUGCUAAACCAGGAGCUGCACCGGCACCGCCAGGGCCCGGCGGGAGGCUGCGCCUCGGCUGGGGAGUGGGCAGAGCAGUACUCGGCCGAGUGCGAUUCAUCCUUUUUGCACUUCCAUGAAUCGGAUUGUGACAUAGGAGGGUCUUCAUCUUGUGAAUCUGUGCUUUCUCUCAACACAGAAAAAAUUCUGAGUCAAGCGAAGUUGCUUGCAGAGCAGAAACGAUUUCCAUUUGCUACUGAUAAUGACAACACAAACGAAGAAUUGGCAAUUGCUUACGUUUUGAUUGGCAACGGCUUGUAUGAUGAAGCCAUACGACACUUUUCAACAAUGCUGCAGGAAGAACCAGAGCUGGUUAGUGCAAUUUACGGACGAGGGAUAGCAUAUGGAAAAAAAGGACUACAUGAUAUGAAAAAUGCUGAACUUGCUCUGUUUGAGCUCAGUAGGGUGAUUAGUCUAGAACCAGAUCAUCCCGAAGUAUAUGAACAGCGAGCAGAAAUAUUGUCCCCACUAGGACGAAUCAGUGAAGCAUUGUCUGAUCUCACCAAAGCUAUUCAGCUACAACCAUCAGCCCGGCUCUACAGACACAGAGGUACCCUUUACUUCAUAUCUGAGGAUUAUGCAACAGCCCAUGAAGAUUUUCAGCACUCGCUGGAACUGAACAAGCAUCAGCCUAUAGCUAUGCUUUAUAAAGGGUUAACCUUUUUUCACAGAGGACUUUUGAAGGAAGCCAUUGAAUCAUUCAAAGAAGCUCUGAAGCAGAAAGCAGACUUCAUAGAUGCAUAUAAAAGUCUGGGACAAGCCUAUAGAGAACUUGGCAACUUCGAUGCUGCUACAGAGAGCUUCCAGAAGGCUUUGCUGCUAAAUCAAAAUCAUGUUCAGACGUUACAGCUCAAAGGAAUGAUGCUUUAUCAUCACGGUAGCUUAGAUGAAGCACUAAAGAAUUUUAAGAGAUGUCUACAGCUAGAACCAUACAAUGAAGUGUGCCAGUAUAUGAAAGGUCUCAGCCAUGUUGCAAUGGGACAGUUUUAUGAAGGCAUAAAAGCUCAGACUAAAGUUAUGUUAAAUGAUCCACUACCAGGUCAGAAGGCCAGCCCAGAAUAUCUGAAAGUGAAAUACCUCCGAGAGUAUUCUAGAUACUUGCAUGCGCAUUUGGAUACCCCUCUUUCAGAGUAUAAUACUGAUAUAGAUCUUCCUGGAAAUUUCAAGGACCACUGGGCUAAAAAUCUUCCUUUUCUCAUAGAAAAUUAUGAAGAACAGCCAGGCUUACAGCCACAUAUAAAAGAUGUGUUAUUUCAGAAUUUUGAAAGCUAUAAGCCUGAUGUGCAAGAACUCAUCUGUGUAGCUGAUCAUCUGGGUUCCAUGAUGCAGUAUGAGACACCAGGAUUUCUUCCAAAUAAAAGAAUACAUAGAGCAAUGGGAUUGGCCACUCUAGAAGUAAUGCAAGCUGUGCAGCGGACUUGGGCAAACUCAAAAGUUCGGAUGAAUGGGAAAACCAGACUGAUGCAGUGGAGAGAUAUGUUUGAUAUUGCUGUGAAAUGGAGAAGGAUAGCUGACCCUGACCAGCCUGUGCUUUGGUUGGACCAAAUGCCUGCCCGAAGCCUUAGCAGAGGUUUCAAUAAUCACAUAAACUUAAUCAGGGGACAGGUCAUUAACAUGCGGUACCUGGAGUAUUUUGAGAAAAUUCUUCAUUUUAUCAAAGAUAGGAUCCUUGUUUAUCAUGGUGCUAAUAAUCCGAAAGGACUAUUAGAGGUUCGAGAAGCUUUGGAAAAAGUACAUAAAGUAGAAGAUCUUCUUCCCAUAAUGAAGCAGUUUAACAGUAAAACAAGAGAUGGGUUUACUGUGAACACAAAAGUCCCUAGCCUCAAGGAUCAAGGGAAAGAAUAUGAUGGAUUCACAAUUACAAUAACAGGAGAUAAGUAUGUUUGGUAUUUUCAAGGGUUCAGAGUGGGGAACAUAUUAUUUUCGGUAGAAACUCAAACAACAGAAGAGAGAACACAGCUGUAUCAUGCAGAAAUAGAUGCGCUAUAUAAGGAUCUAACGGCUAAAGGAAAAGUUCUAAUUCUGUCUGCAGAGCUAGGGGAAGUAGAUGCUGUUUGCAACUUGAUCCUGUCAUUAGUUUACUACUUCUAUAAUUUAAUGCCACUUUCAAGAGGAUCUAGUGUGAUAGCUUAUUCAGUGAUCAUGGGAGCACUGAUGGCAAGUGGAAAAGAAGUAUCAGGAAAAAUCCCUAAAGGAAAGCUGGUUGAUUUUGAAGCAAUGACAGCACCAGGCUCUGAAGCUUUCAGCAAAAUAGCAAGGAGCUGGAUGAAUCUAAAAAGUAUUUCACCUUCUUACAAGAGCCUACCAUCAGUAUCAGAGACUUUUCCAACCCUGAGAACGAUGAUUGAAGUACUAAAUACAGACUCAUCUCAUUGUAUAAAAAAAACUAUAGUUGUUGUAUAAUUUAUACAAAUAAAAGGCCAAGAGGUA